AAUAACUGCUCCAUCACCUUGUGCGUUUUAGCUUCAUUUAGUUCACUGGAAUUCUGCCAAGUACCCCAGCUUUGCUGAUGCCGCCUCACAGGCUGAUGGUUUGGUGAUUGUCGGCGUUUUGAUGAAGGUGGGUCAGGCCAAUCCAAACCUUCAGAAAGUACUUGAUGCCCUAAAAACAGUUAAAACUAAGAACAAGAAAGCUCCAUUCACAAAUUUCGACCCCUCUGUCCUCUUGCCUUCAUGCACGGAUUACUGGGCCUACUUUGGUUCACUGACUCACCCUCCUCUUCAUGAGAGUGUCACCUGGAUCAUCUUUAAAGAGACCAUCAGUGUGAGCGCGGAACAGCUGGCGCAGUUCCGCAGUCUGCUAGCAAAUGCUGAAGGCGAUAAAGAAAUCUGCAUCAAGCAGAACUACCGACCACCCCAGCCUCUGAAGGGCAGGACAGUGAAAGCUUCAUUCUGACGGGCCCAAGAGGAAGCUCACCUUCCCUCAAGAAGCACAGCUCUGCUUCUGACAUAAUCCAACAAAACAAGCUUUAAGAAAUAUGUUUAUUUCAAUACUAGCUAGACAGCCUGCUUGCGAAUUUACUCUGCAGAACGCAAAAUCUUUUUCUUAUCUUGAACUCAAACAGUAAUCUGUAAGUUCACUAAACUUGUGCUUAAAUUCAAUCUGUUGCAUUGACUUUCUUAUCAUUGCAAUUAAGGCAUACUUGAUUUCUUCAAGACUUUAUCCCUUCCCAUUUUAUUCAGUUUAAUUGGACGAAAAAAUAAUUUUAUCCCUUUCUUCUCGUCUAUUACGUACUAUACGUUUAAAUGGCAUUAGGUGCUACUCCAUUUACAUUCAAGAAUCUUAAAUGCUUUCAUUUGCAACAUUAUUCUGAUGCGAUAUCAGGUCUAUUACUCAAAUAUAAUGACCUAAGAGCAGCUUGAGAUGAAAUGUUAAGAAUUCAUUUGCUUACGCUUGAAGACAAAUAUGCAGCUAAAAUGACAACUGGAUUUUCUAUUAUGGUCAAAUAAAUGGCCCAACAUUGCUACCGUU